UAUUACGCUAUACUUAUUUUUAUGGUACUUAUUAAACAAUUGAAUUAUAUAAAGACUCAGCGAUAAAAAUAUAGUAAAAUUUUAUACAUACAAAAUUUUCAAAUUUUAUGAUAAUAUCUUAAAUACGUUAUUGAUUUUUUAACGAUUAAUAAAACUUUUAAGAUACAAAUUAAUUUAAUUAACGAUUCGGAUAAUCUAAUACAAUAAGCAUAUAAUGAACACAAUUUUCCUUAGUGUGUUUGUAGUUCCUAUUUUGUCCAUAUCUGUCGCUGAAGUCGCAUUCACUACGAGCAAUAGGUGUUGAGUAGCUUAGUUUUGUAACAAUAAUGUGAUUGUAAGAUCGUUCAGUUUUUUCAGUAUUGUAUAUGUCAAAAAAACACGUGUUAGAUUGUGUAAUACAUACAUACAUACAUACAUACAUACAUACAUACAUACAUACAUAUAUAUAUAUAUGUUGAUAUUUGUAAUUUAUUUCUUUCAUCAUUAAUCAUAAUACAGUGUAAAAGUAUGGAUUCACACGAAAAGGUUACAUGGAAAAUUACUGAAAAUUCUGUAAAUGAUAGAAUGAUAGAAUCUUCAUUAGUUCAUAGAUUUAGUAGCUCAAAAAAAUUUAGGAAAAGAACUAAAUUACUUAAUAAUUGGUUAGAAAAUCAUAGAACCUUAAAAAGUUAUAAGGAUUAUGUUGACAUGAAAAAAUUAAUAAAUAGAAAUGAACCAAAAGAUUCAUUAACUGAAGACGAUAAUAGCUAUGGAGAAGAGGAUUAUUUCAUCAAGCACAGAAAUAUAUAUGCAAGUAAGACACAGAAAUCUAAGAAUGAAAUAUAUAAUAAUAAAGGCAUUAUUACUUCUACCUCAAAGAAAAUCAAAACGCAAGAAAAUGAAAUUUCAUUCACUGAUUCAUACUCUCAUCGAACGAAGAAAAAAAAUAUAAGAACGAGAUCAAAUAUUCUUCAAGAUAAGUAUCAUGAUAAUUUACAAAAUACUGAUGUUCCAGUUAAGAAAAAACAAUCAAUAGGUUUACAAUAUUUGAAAGAAACUGAGGAAACACAACUUAAAGAUAAUAAAGAAAAGAGUUCUAACUUUUUAAAUACCUGUGAUGACAAUACUGUAAUUAAGACAAAAACAAAAUCAACAGGAGCAUUUUCUAAUCGUAAAUGUAAUAAUUCAUCAUUAAAUGAUAAAAAGACUUAUAAAGGAAUAUUAGAUUUUAAAUGUCUUGAGAAUAAUGAUGUUUCUACUCAUGGUGUAAAUCAGAAAAGUAUAGAUAACUCUAAAAUUUCAAAAAUUGUUAAUCAUAUUCAAGAGGAUGUAUCAUAUAAUAUAAGUAACAUCAGGCAAACUACAGAAGAUAUUUCGCAUGACGCAACUCCUGAAAAACAAAAAAUAGCAACUUGUAAUUCUAACGUGUUGCGUGAUAAUAUAGAUUUAUCCGAUAUUAAAAGUAGUAAAGAUAAAAAUGACAUAUGCUUUCUUAAUUCACUUGCUAAACAAACAGAAAAGUCAUCUCCUAGAAUUAUAUCUUCUGAAAUUAUCAAUAUUAAAUAUAAAAAGAUUAAUAAUGAAGAAUCUUACAAUAACUUAUCGAAUGAAUUUUAUAAUAGUGCCAAGUUAUUAAAAAAUAAGUAUUUUCAAGAACUUUCAGAAUAUGAACAAGAAGAAGAACCACAAAAAAGUUUAACUUAUCUAGAUAGUACAAAUAGCAGUAUUAUAUCAACAUCUGAAAAACGCUUAAAACAGCUUAAAAAUUUUAAUUUGACUACAGAAGAUAGUUCAAGUGAGGACGAAAUGGUACAACAAGAAAAUUUAAAUAAAGAAAUUUUGUUUAAUAAUUCAAAUUGUACGGUUACCAAAAAGAUUAUGACUUGUAAUACAAAUUUAAAUUCAACUAUAAAAAGUGCUUCAAGCGAGGAUGAAAUGCUACAACAAAAUAUAAAUGAAAAGAUUUGUAUUAAUAAUUCAAAUGAUAUUUCCAUAAAAACAACAUGGAGUAAAUUAAAAUUAAAUAAAUCAUCUAACAUAGAUCAUAAAAGUAACAUAGAUCAAAGUAUUUUUAAUAUACGGAAUAAAAAUAAUAAUAUAAAUCACAAUAACAGUAUUGAUUAUCACAGUGAUGAUAACAAUAAAUAUUCCACAAAACCUAGAGAAACAGAUAUAUCUAAAAAUUAUGAACCAUUACAAACAUUUCAUGAAAGACCUUGCAAUUUACAAGAUUUUAUCAAAGAAGAAAAGUUAUUUCAGGACUCAACUACAUCAGCUUUUACGCUUAAAGAUCUCUCCAAAGACGAUGAAAUUUUUCUUUUAGAUAUUCCAAGAACAGUACAAUUGGAAGAUUUAAAAGGUCAAAGAAUUAUUUUAAAACAGAAAAAAUUGAAACUUGGAAAAAAUAAAUAUGAGAUUUUGUACAAAGAUGUAGCAUCUCAAUCUUGUGUUUUUAAUACUUGUAAAAAUAAUAAACCAUACAAAAUAGUUAACAUUAAACCCACUGGCUCGAUUGUGGUAAGACGAAAAUUAUAUCCAUCAUAUUUGACAAAAAAUUCUGAACAUAAAAUAAAACCUUAUAAUAUUACAUAACAUUAACUAAUUUAUAAAUUUACAAAUAAAUAUGAACAAAAUAAUUGUAAAUAUUAUUUUAUCAAUUAUAUUUUAUUACUAAAACAUUCUGUUUGUACUGAAUCAAUGUUGAAUUUUAUUACUAAAAUAUUCUAUUUAUAUUGAAUACAACAUUAUAUGUAUGUAUGUUUGUUAGAAAAAGAUCAUUCGUGCAGAUGAGAAUAAAUAAUCCCUUCGAUUACUUAAGGCUGUUCAUCCUUGAAUUUAUGAUGACUUACUCCAACAAUGAGAACAGAUGUAAUUCUUGAUCGAUUUUGAUGAACAACAUCUUAUUUUAAUGACACGAUCAUCUAUCCAAAAAGUUCCGAGACUGGAUUAAUAAAAAAAUAGAAAAAUGUUAAGAAUGUGGUUUCAAGUGUUCUUCAGGUAUUCUACGUAGUCUGUCCCCACUUGAGUACAACGCAUAGAAUUCCAAUUUUGAGAAAUAUUUUUUUUUAAUUAAUUAGUAUUAUUAUAUUUUCUUCCAUUUGCGUUCAUUAAUUUUAUCUUUCAAUCUUUCUGUCGUGCUAAACUCCUUAAUGUGGUAAGUCUUGGCUGGGAUGAAGGAAAAAGAGAAUAUUUCUGAUUGAAUUUUAUGAACAAAAUUAGGCAGUUUAUAUAUCCUUCUUGAAACCAAAGAUAUUGCAAUCAAGAAGUUAAGAGUAGCGAAGGAAGAAAAAGGAAAAAAAAAUGUGAAAAAAGUAAAAGUAGACCUGCUCAAAAUUAAAAAUCAAUUGCAAGUAUAGCUUUGGAAGAAAAGAUAAAACAAGAAAAACUUAACCAAGAAAUAGAAAAGAAUUUCGUUCCAGAUAUAGUUUUCACAGAAUUGUUUUGAAGUUAAAAGUAGAAGGUUACAAAAGGAAGAAUAAGCAUGACAAUUCGACAUAUCACACAAAAAGUCGCAAGGAAAGAGUACAACGAAACUGACAAAAAAUUAAAGGCUUGUCACAGCUCUGAAAUCUAUGUCUAUGAUUUUAAGCAUUGAAUAAAUUUCUAGGCGUUAGAAAUUAUCGUCAUUUGCUUUUAAGAUUUCGUCAUUUGUGUGAGAUAUAAAAUGCAAUUAUAUCGUUGGACAGUUAAUUAUCAGAGGGCCACCGUUAGACGCAUUUGAAAGAAGCUAGGUUUCAUUCUCCUAAAAGAUUUUAGAAUGUGGUCACGUUUUAAAAUCAUAUUCUCAUAAAUAACUUUACUCCUCGCAAAUACCAAUAUAAAAACCUUAUGUUACUAUCGUAUAAGAGUGCAUGACAGAAGUUAAACUUUUUCAAAUAAUUUUGUCUCGCCUAAUGUAGUUACUUAAUUUUAAUUCCUCAUCCAAUUUCAUCUACUUAUAAGUUUUUGGUUUCGGAGAAGACCGGUUUUAAAACUUAUG